ACGCUCAACAAGUCAGCGGGAGUUGACUUCGCAUUGCCGCCUGCGGGGGGCAGCAGAGCGAGCGUUUCGAGCGGCCGCGGUGAGGCCGACGACGAGCCGGAACUGUUGUCGAUGCUGACUGCGAGUAGUUGGCAGCUCCCAGCCCGCUCGCCCGCUCGCCCGCUCGCCGGAGUGGACUUGAAGCGCAUUGACUCUUCGGGACCGGGGCGUACGCAAGUUGUUUGCGCCAAGUCGAAGGCCGCGCAAGUUCGAAGUCAACGCCCGGCUGACGGGACGCUUUGCACCCGCAGUUGCCGAAAAGACACUUUUCGAGGCUCGCGAAGCUACACAGCUAGCCUGCUCGUUAGCUAACAGUUAGCGUCGACUUUGGCUAGGUGGCUAACAGUUAGCCGCCCGGGCUAGCGAGGGAGGUCCAGCCUCCCCCCCCCCCAAAAAAAAAGUUGUUUACCUCGACUGGUGGAUGUGCCGGCCCCGCGAGCUUUUGUCCACUUUUCUCUGGGACGAAAAGGCAAAGGGCAAAAGUUCACCCUGGAUCAAAGCGCGGCGGCUGCGGGGAAACGAGCAGCAUGUCGAGCGAGCUUGAAAGCGGCCAGCUGGGCUCCAGUUUGACAGCGGCGGCGAGCCCCGGCGCUGGAACCGCGAGGCAGGACCAGAACCCCAGCAACAAGCCCGCGGAGGAAGGAGAAGCUCCCGGCGCGGACGGCGAAGCGAGCCAAGCGGCCAAGAAAGCGGCGGCGGAGGCUCAGCCGCCCAAAGUCAACGCGUGGACGCGGAGGACGACGGGCAGGGUGGCGCUCCACGGCGGCACCUCGGCGGCCUCGCAGGACAGAGAUCAGCAAAACUGCCUGAAGGUCGUUCGUGCCAACAAACCCAGAACCAGAAAAUCCAGCAAGUCCGGCGACUUUGGCGACAUCACAAACUGGCCGACGCCCGGCGAGCUGGCCAAGGAGAAACAAAACGUCGUCAACAACAACAGCAGCAGCAGCAGCAGCAGCACCGACGGCGCCGGCAAGAAGCUCGCGCCGUCUCGCCGGGACAAAGAAAAGAAGUGGGAGCGACCCGACGGGAAGUCCGACGGCGAGAGCAAAGACAACCGCCGGACGCCCCGUCCUCGCGCCGAGCCGGCGCCCGACAAUGACGACGACGACGACGCCGCCGAGGCGGGACGCAAUACCAAGGGCGGCAGCCCCAGGAAGAGAGGAGGUAACAAACGCAAGUGGGUGUCGCUGCCGCUGGAUGAGGCAACCCGGGGCGACGGCGGCGGGGCCCCCGCGACCCCCGACGCGGAGCCCGGCGGCGACUCGCCCGAGCUGACGUCGCCCGGCCACGCGCUCCGUAGCGACGAGGACGACAUCGGGACGCGCCCCGGCGCCAGGAGUUGGAGAAGGGAGCCCCCCCGCGACCCGGGAGACGAGGGGGCCGGCGUGAGGGGCGACGGCGGUGGCGGGCGCGGGGGCGUCCGAGGCCGGGGCAGAGGACGCGGGCGCGGCAGAGGUCGCGGCAGAGGUCGCUUCGAGUACUCGCAGGGUUACCACGACGGGACGGACGGCUCGGACGCCGCCGGCCCCGGGUCGGGCGGCGGCGGGAUGGUUUACUACUACGACGACGGAAACAAAGUACAGAUGUACACGGUGGACGAGAAGCUUCUGAAGGAGUACAUCAAACGACAAAUCGAGUAUUACUUCAGCUUGCACAACCUGGAGCGAGACUUUUUUCUGAGGAGGAAAAUGGACGCCCAGGGCUUCCUGCCCAUCUCGCUCAUCGCCAGCUUCCACCGCGUGCAAGCGCUCACCGCCGACGUGGGCCUCAUCACGGAGGCGCUGAAGAACAGCAAGGAGGUGGAGCUGAUGGACGACAAGGUCCGCUGCAGAGCGGACCCCGAGCGCUGGCCCAUCCCCGCGCCGCCCGUCGUGGGAUCGCCCAGGACGGACUUGUCGCGGCUGGUCCACUGUCCCGAGUUUGUUCCCCGACAGACCGUCGCCGUCGCAAACACCGCUUCAUCGCCCGUGAAGGAGACCCCGACUGAACCCGCGAAGCCUCUAGACCCCCUCGAGGGGUCCCGACCUUCCGGCCAGGAGCCAGCCCCCCCUACGGAAUCUCCGAAAGACGCCCCCGAGGCCUGGAUCCAGGUGGAGAAACGUCACCGACAUGCCUCGGGCAAAGCAAAGGACCGCCGCAGCGAGGCCCCGUCGCCCCAACCCCGCCGUUGUGCCGACGCCCCCCCUGAGCCCGACCAGGAGGAGCUGGACUUCAUGUUCGACGAGGAGAUGGAGCAGAUGGCGGCGCGCAAGAACCGCUUCACCGACUGGUCGGACGAGGACGACUCCGACUACGAGCUGGACGACCGCGACGUCGACAAGAUCCUGAUCGUCACGCAGACGCCGCCCUACUUGCGCAAGCAUCCCGCCGGCGAUCGCACCGGCAACCACGAGUCGCGCGCCAAGCUGACCGCCGACCUGGUCAAGGCCAUCAACGACGGCCUCUACUACUACGAGCAGGACCUGUGGAAGGGAGCGGAGCAGACGGACGGCGCCAAGCAGGAAGUGGACAAUUUCAAGAAGCUAAGCGUCAUCAGCCAGGAUGAGUUUGACACGCUCACACCCAAAGCGCCUGUGGACCCCAACCAGGAAGUGCCUUCCUUGCCGGCUGCUGUGCCCGGUGAGGCCGAAAUGGCUCGCUCGUUGCCCAAAACGGUGCCGGAGUCGCCCGGCGCCCAGCAACCCAGAACGCCGAGGACACCGCGCACCCCCGGGCGCCAGGACCCCACCAAGGCGCCGCGCUUUUACCCGGUGAUGAAGGAGAGCGGUGCCGUGGAUGGACAGAUGCCCAGGAAGAAGAAGACCCGGCACAGUUCCAACCCGCCGCUGGAGGCCCACGUCGGCUGGGUGAUGGACUCGCGCGGCCACCGACCGCGUUCCGCUUCCAUCAGCAGCUCCAACGCGUCGCCCUCGGAAGGGGCGCCGCCGCUGACGGGGAGCUACGGCUGCACGCCCCAGUCGCUGCCCAACUUCUGGCACCCGUCGCAUCAGCUGCUGCGGGACAACGGCUUCACGCAGCAGGGCUACCACAAGUACCGCCGGCGAUGCCUGAACGAGCGGAAGCGGCUGGGCGUGGGCCAGUCGCAGGAGAUGAACACGCUGUUCCGCUUCUGGUCCUUCUUCCUGAGGGACAACUUCAACAGGAAGAUGUACGAGGAGUUCAAGCAGUUCGCGCUGGAGGACGCCAAAGACAACUACAGGUACGGCCUGGAGUGCCUCUUCCGCUACUACAGCUACGGCCUGGAGAAGCGCUUCCGCUUGGACCUGUUCAAGGACUUCCAGGAGGAGACCCUGAGGGACUUUGAGAGAGGUCAGUUGUACGGACUGGAAAAGUUCUGGGCUUUCCUCAAGUACUCCAGGAUGAAGAAUCAGCCCAUCGACCCCAAACUGCAAGAGCACCUCUCCCAGUUCAAGAACCUGGAGGACUUCAGGGUGGUGCCCCCCACGGGAGAGGAAGGAGGCCAGAGGAGACCUCGCCAGUCGGCGGUGGCGGCGGGCGCAGGCCACGAGGCCCGGCAGCGGCGGCAGCGGCGGCACCCCCCCUCCAACUCUACCUCAAAAGCUGCGCCGCAGGCGUCCUCCAAAGGGCCGCCGACCCACCGCAAAGGCGGAGGAGCCCACAAGAAGGCGGACCAGUCCAAAGCGGCGAAGAAGGACACCGAAUGAAGUCGGCGGGGGUGACUUCGCAAACGUUUCCGACAUCCGAUGCGUUUGGACCGCCCGGCCCCCCCCUCGCUUGAUCUGUAAACCGCCUUCAUGUGCCUUAAGAUGCUCCGCCCAGUUUCAAAUCUUUUUCUUUGUUUUCAAGUUCCAUCAGAUUUUAAAACAGAAAAAAAAUAAUAAUAUUCAUUUUAAUUGUGACAAUCAAGUCGACACUUUUAUUCAAACAUUUUAUGCCACCUGCAAGCUUUAAAAAGUCUCUUUUGACAUAAUUUAUUCUUAUUUGUUUUUAUUGACUUGAUUGAUGGUGCUGUCAUGACUUUUUGCUACAUGAUUAAUUAAUUUCUGCUGGAAUGAUGGGUUGGAGUUUGCCACUUAAAUAAAACCUUAACCCUUUUUUUUUUUUUUUUUUGCUCAAAGUUUACGCUGGAGGCUUUUGGGUGCUUUUAGAGCACUUUAAUCAAAUUUUAUUUGACUUACUACUUCAAUGGACUUUUAGUUGAAUGAAAACUGUAAAUACUAUAAAAAAAAAAAAUCUUUGGCUGUAGAGUUAUUUGGGGGGAUUUUUAGGAAGUGCUUGAUUGUAUUUUUUUUUUUUUUUUGCGCGUGUGUUUUGAGGAGAUAAAGUCGUGCAUGUUAGUACCUUAAAAUGUACUGUUUAAAAAAAAAAAAAUAAAAUAAAUG